AUAAUUAUUGUCUUGGACUACUAACUCUCUGCUUUAAAGCAAAAUGGUCAAUUUGAAGCCAAAGUAAUGUCAUAUGCUUGAUGGGUUAUUUACAUUUAAAGUAAUGUGUUUUUUCUCCCAAUGGGACAGCUCAACAAUCUCAACCCUGUGGAGAAGAUUCCUUUCCACUUGACUGUGAGGACAUAUACGAUCAAGGUUCAGAGACAGAUGGCGUCUAUCUCAUCUUUCCAGCAGGACCAAGUGUCCCUGUCCCUGUGUACUGUGACAUGACCACUGAUGAUGGAAAGUGGACGGUUUUCCAGAAACGCUUCAAUGGAUCAAUCAGUUUCUUUCGGGGGUGGAAUGACUAUAAGUUUGGCUUUGGCAAAGCAGAUGGUGAAUAUUGGCUGGGACUGCAAAAUAUCUACCUUCUCACCCUGAAACAAAAAUAUGAGCUACGUGUGGAGCUGGAGGACUUUGAAAAUAAUACCGCAUUUGCCAAAUAUGCUGACUUCUCCCUUUCCCCAAAUGCAAUCAGUGCAGAAGAGGAUGGCUACACACUCCAUGUAUCUGGCUUUACUGAUGGAGGGGCGGGUGAUUCACUGUCCUAUCACAGUGGCCAGAAGUUCUCCACAUUUGACCGUGACCAAGAUCUCUAUGUGCAGAAUUGUGCAGCUCUGUCAUCAGGUGCCUGGUGGUUCAAGAGCUGCCAUUUUUCCAACCUCAAUGGCUUCUACCUUGGUGGACCACAUCUGUCUUAUGCCAAUGGCAUUAACUGGUUCCAGUGGAAAGGCUUUUACUAUUCCCUCAAGAGAAGUGAGAUGAAAAUACGCCGUGUUUGAGAUCCAAGGCAGCUGAUGGUUUUUCCCAAUCUUCUACUCUAGAGGCCACUUGAAUCUUGUAGACUGAAUUCCCAAUUAUUAAUGUAUUUCAUUACUUUGACUCUGUUUUCCUACCUUUAGCAUGCAGCCUACACCAAAUUAUUCCUCAGAGAACACAACUCUCAAUAAAGAUACCCAUUUCUCAGGCUCUGCAUUACUGAGAUCCAACACAACUAGAUAAUUGCCAGUGUCACAUCUUACUAUCCUACUAAUCACCACAGUUAUGGUGGCCACCAACAUCUGUUCUCUUCCAGGAAACCUAAGUUUGUUUUGCCAAUAUCAAUAUCACUGAUCAUGGGUCCUACCUGCCACUUCAAUGUCCCAAAUCAAAAUUUGCACUGGGAACAUACCAGAAAUAAACCCCACCUCUUCUAGCUGACUGCUCCUCUUCAGAAGCCCAACAAGAAAAAAAAUGGAGGAGGCUAUAGAAGUUAUGGUAGUGUUUCAGGCUAAUUCCUUGCUUCAGAUUAAUAAAAAUGAGGUAAAGUGUGUUGGUAGAAGCCAAGUUCC